CGUCAUUUCGUAUUACUUUUUGUAAUGAAUGCAAUAUCCUAGCAAACACUGUUCUUUGUUAUGUGUAAUAAACAUAAAAGGUUUAAAGGGUGUUGAGUAAGUGUUUUUUAAAAAUGGCAGACUUUGAUGCUAUAUAUCCAGAUGAGACAGAGCCCGAGGAAAAUAUAGAAGAGACUCAUGUGACAUUAGUGCCUGACCCUAUCGUCGUCCGAGGAGCUGGUAACAUGACAGUGUUUGGCUUGAGCAACCGAUUCAACGGGGAAUUUCCUUCUGGGCUGCAGUCACGUGUAGCACCGGAAGAGUACCAAGCGACAGUAGCCCGUAUAAAUAGUGUACUGAAGAAAACAUUACCUGUAAAUGUCAAGUGGCUUUUCUGUGGCUGUGUCUGUUGCUGCUGUACACUAGGAUGCUCUCUUUGGCCUGUAAUUUGUCUGAGUAAACGGACGCAACAUUCACUGAACAAACUUCUGGAAUGGGAAAAUAGUCGUCUAUAUAAUAAACUGGGCCUCCGCUGGCGUCUCACGAAACAACAUUGCGACUCAUCCUCUAUGAUGGAAUAUGUGCUUCUAAUAGAAUUUAUACCCAAAAUUCCAAUAUACAGGCCGGAUUAAAUUACAAUGGCUACACAGCUUGUAAAUAUAAACCUUAUGUUGAAAAAAUAUGACUCUCAACACUUGAUGAUUGUGUAUUCAAAUAUCAUCCCGAGCUAUAUGAAUAUAUACAGUGCUUUACAGUAACAUGCUGUAUAGUGUAAAUAAUAUUAUCAUCUAAUAAGUGGUUAUAUGCUUUUUGUGUAUAGAUGUCAUUAUUAAAUUUGCAAGCUUCAGUUGCUUUCAAAAGCCAUGUUAUCUUAAUGUGUAAUAUAACUUUAAGGUUUCUCAGAAACAAAUAAAAUAUAAGGUUAUAAGACCUACUAUAUUAAGCAUAUGAGGCUAGAAAAAUCACACACACUUUAUCCCAAUUUGCAAUUGAAGCUAAUACUUUCGCACAAACAAACAUUGCUUCAGAUAUUUAAUUAUCUGAUAGCUUAUGUUAGAGCAAUCGUAUAUAUUGAUUACGUUAUGUAUCGAAUUUAAUAAAUUUACUUAAAUCCUAUGAUAUGAAAGUCAUUCAAAGAAUUUAUGUACCUAUAGAAAAAAUUUAACUUUUUUUUUCAAAUCCGAAUUUUCACGAACAAUAUUUUGUUUAACAACAGAAAACACAAAAGUAAUAGUUGUGUAUUUUAUGUACCUGAAUGUAAGUAGACAUGGAUGUCCAUAAGGUAGGAAAAAUUGAUCUAGAGAUAUACGGAGGGAUUUGUUUUACAAAAUCAGUUAGGGGAUAUUUCGGGACUGUGUUAUUAGACAAGUAAUUGUUUAUAAUAGAUAUGUUAGACGUAUUUGCCCUCUUUUCUCUUUUCAACAAGUUGUGGAGGUUUUUGUAUAAAAUAAUGUAAUCUCUGUAUUUGAAAAAACUUUAAAAACGUCAUAUGUAUCACAAUUUUGGGAUGUUGUCUUGCCACCGAAAUGUUUUAUUAAACAACGGUUGAAAAGCGAACAGGGUAUAUUGACAUUAAGUUGUAAUGUAAGCUAAUGUAAAUAUUUUAAGUACCUAUAAUAUAGAUUAUUUUUGUUCAAAUAAUAAAUCUCACUAUGUGAUGA